AUGUUUUAUACAGCAACACCAGUAAAGUUAAGAUUGCUAUUUGCAUUUACAAUGGCAGUAUUCUGUCUCUUGAUGCUAUCGUGUAUCAUGCCAAUGGCAAUUGGAAGAAAACCAAAGUUGGAUGGUCAUCCAGACCAUAUUCAUUUCCAUCUAUAUCAAGCUUAUUAUCAUUCUAAAAAUGAUGUUAAAGAAAUUAAAUAUUCUGGACCAUUAUUAAAUACAACAUUACCAACUCUAUUAUUUAUGUUUAUAUCAUUAUUCGGUACUAUUAUUACAUGGGCAUUAAUCCAUUCCAACAAAGCUACCAUGUCAAAAGCAUUAAAGUGUUUAAAGAUUGGUAAUGUCGUAGCAUUUAUAUCAAUGGUGAUUGCAGUAGCCAACUUUCAAUCGUUUCAUUACUUUAUCAACCGUGAUCACCAGUUUUGUCCAUCUACCGGUGAUUGGUGUCACCACCAUCGUCUUGGAUACGGUUACUUUUCAAUCAUUGGUGUAUGUGUCUUGAUGUUUAUCAAUUGUAUUAUUUCAUUUACCUUGAAACCAGCAGUACUCGACCAAACCCAAAAGAAAAAGAAAGUUGACGAAAUUAAAUAUCCAAUCUAUUAUCCUGGAUGUCCAGAAGGUAUUUAUUAUGUCCAAUCUCAAACUGUCACUCCACAAGAAGCUCCAGUUCAAGAAGAUGGUGCAACCGAAAUUACCAAUAAUAGUACUUUACAAUCUGAUGUAAAUAAUAAUAAUAUUAACAACAAUAAUAGUAUGAAAGAUAGAUUAGUUUAA